AUGGCACGCGCACAUGUCACAGACCCGCUCGAGAAUAUCCAUCCCAUGGCUAGUUGCAACAACUCGUUGCCUCGCUCGGGCGCUACGAGCCGGGCGAACAUGCCGUGA